AUGACUGCGUUGGCCUUCCUUGAGAUCAACGUGGCGCUGCUGCGCUGCUUUGUCUCGGGGCUCUGCACCUUGAGGAAGUUGCCCCAUGAGCUUUGGACCUCCAGCGAGGAUGCCGUCAUCACGGUCUCGCCUGAGGUUCGGAAGGAGUACGAGCAGAAGAUUCAGGCCAUAGGCGCCUUGAUCCGCGAGAAGAGCCCCGCAGAGUACAAACGGAUCUCCACGCACACCAUGCUGGUGCUGCAGCGCGUGUUGUGGAUUGCUGUGGCGGCCAUGAGCGCCGACAUCCGACUGUUCUGGCUGGCCGGCUCCCUGCAAUUCCUGGUGGCUCCCUACUCGCUCGCAGUGUCCUUUAUGUUGUUUAUCAUGUUUUUCUACCAGAUGUGCGCCAGCCACCUGGUUUCUGCGUUGGUUCUUCACUUCCUGCCGCUGUCAUGGCUGCCGAAUCUCGAGCUGGAAAUCAGCAACACCUCCAUCGCCGUCUUUAUGGCCUUGGACUUCCUGGUGACCAGCUACUACGCGCUGGUGGCGUGCAGCGACGGAACUCCCAAGAGGAGUUCGGUGGGCCAAAGCCUGCGGCACAUGAUUUAUGGCACCUUCAACGGCCGCGGCUAUGUGCUGCUGCUUUUGCUGAUCUCCAGGGGCUGCAAGAUCAGCCUCACUUGGAUUGCCGCAGACGCCCUCCUGGGAAUUUCUCCCUGGGUGAACAACUUCAUCCAGGAUAGCUUCCUCUCCUGGGAGACCAUGUUCUAUCAUAUUCACCGCAUGGAGCACCUGCCGGUGGUCUACGAGCACGCGCACCGCAUCCACCACUACCUGCCCGAUGGCACCGCCUGGGACUCCCACAUCUUCUCGGGCGCGGGGUUCCCAGAAGACUUCUUCUACUUGCUGCAGGAUGUGCUGCUGGUGCGCUACGCUGGGCUGCCUGCGCCCUGGAUGACCUACCGGCUCCUCAAGCACCAGCGGCUCAACAAGGACGCCCACCAGCGCCGGGACGCCUCGUACCAGCACGAGCAGUACCAUCCGGAUCAUCACCUUUACCAUCGGGUGAACUUUGGCUUCAACAAGCCCAUGUUGGAUCUGCUCUUUGACACUUACAAGCCCACAAAGAAGGAGUGGCUCGACUUGGGCGAGGCCAGCUACAAGAAGGAGCAAGCCGCAGAUGGCAGCAUCGUCAUCCACAUGAAGGUCCAGAAGCAGCCCUUUCCCCUGGGAUCGCGGCAGAACUACGCGGGCUGGCAGAUGGCUUUGAUGAAGCUCAUGGUGAUGUGGCUGCGGACCUCACGCGAGGCCGGUUUUCAGAUGUACAGCGCCUCUGAAGCCUUUGGCUCGACCUUCGGCUCGCGAGACGUGCCUAGCGUGGAGUUGGUGACGCUUUGGGAAGCGCUUCCAGGACCAGCUGCCGUGUGGGAGGAGGCACCAAUUUUGGCCAUCCCCAGUGAUGAGACCGAAGUGGAUGACUGGUACUGGGAGGAAGCGACUCCAGAGUACCCCUUGGACCCCUUGGUUGCCAAGUCCAGCGAUGAGCCAAGGGAGGAGGACGAGGAGGCCGCGAGGCGUGCGAGAGCUUUGGCCAAAGCGCAGCGCUACGGCUGUGCAGUGAGGUUCCCGCUGCUUGGCCAAGCUGGGUGGGGCGCCCAGAACCCAGUGCAGCGGGGCGCGGAUGGACGCCGAUGUGAGGCCUUCCAGGCGGAGCCUGAGCCGCGGCCGAGGUCCAAAAGCUCCAAGGGCUCCAAGACAGAGGACCAGGAGGUGGAAGCCCAGGCCCGGCGUGUGAAGCAGAGUCGCAGCGCGCCGAUUCUCGAGAAGGCUGAGGUGCGAAGCUUGAAGCUGAGCAGGACCUCGCCGCUGCCCUGCAUCGAUGCGCGCCAGGUGGACGAGUUCCCAGGCAAGGCUUCGGCCGGAAGGUACUGCCACCACCGAAUUCCCAGCAAGGACUCGCACAAAGCGAUUCAGUUCUGGUGA